AGGGGAUUAUUUUGUUUUGUCCCAAUUAGUUUCAGCUCUUCUUUCACCCGUAUCCUAUCUCGCCUUCGCAACUCGGUCUCUCUCAUUCGAGUAUUCCGGCCUAUCUCUAUUUUGAGUUUCAGCGACCCCAAUUGGUGCUUCGCAACUCAGUCUCUCUUUCGAGUAUUCCAACGACCCCCAAUCGGUCUGGUUUCGGCGACCCCAAAUGCAUUCUCUGGCCUCUCUUUGAAAAUCCACAUGUACAUAUUCUCCAGGUCAUGCUGAACCAUGAAAACAUCAAGAUUGAGAUCAGAUUUGUCAAACCCUGACACUCCAUUGCUGUCCCUGAUAAUCUUUGCCUUUGAUUUCUCAUUCAUCGCGAGUUUAAAGUAAAAGUUGAAAAAAAAACCAGACACCCCAAAUAGUAUCAAUCCACUUAGUGCAUUUCCUUCCAGCUGAAGGUAUGGUAAGAAAACUCUCCAUCUCAUAAACUUGUGGACCAAGCCCAACAUCUAAAAUAUCACAAGGGUCUAGAUUCCAUGGCUGAGGAGGUGGAGGUGGAUUGCGCUCUGCCGACAAGGGUAAAUUGAUAUCUGGUGGACGGUGAAGAAUGAUUUGCCGAUUCAUCUCCAAAUCCAAAUCGUCGUGUGAGGAGGCGCUGGAAUCCAUGGACAAGAGCAUAGACGAGUGGUGAUUCUCCAUUGAAAGGGCUGUGAGGAGAGAAUCUCCCAUUUCUCAGCGAAUCUCCUUGGUGAUGGUUUUUGCUGUUGGUAAGUUUGUAUAUUUUGCCAUUCCCAAUAGAAACAAUUCAAUUACAAACAUCUUCAAGCAAAUGAAUCAAUCCCCAGUCUAUCUCCCUUCCAUCAAAGCCCUAGAUUUAUCAAUAAGUUAACAAAUUUCUCACAAACCCACAUGAAUAAUCAACAAAAUUAUUCAAUAAAACAAAUUCAAAGAAAAAAAGGACAAAAAUUUAGAUUAUAUUAAAAAAAGAACAUCAAAUGAAAUAAAAAAGGAGUCUUCCGAUCAAUCUCUACCUAGACCAGGAAAAAGAUAAAUGAAACGCUAAGGAAAGCCUAUAACUAAUGAGAAAAUCUUUAGUGGUUGGGUUUCGGCUUGCAGGAGAGGGAGGAGGAGACGGCGAAGGAGAGAGAGCAGAGUUCGGCGAAGGAGAGAAAUGUAGAGCGAAUUCGAGCAAGAGAGAGCAGAGUUCGGCUCGUUCGGAAGUGGGCUUCAAUUCGAUGAUCAAAAGCUGAUCCCCUGUUAUGCGGUCGGUACCAAUUUUUUAUGUGCCUUUUACGUGUCAGCUCAUCUUAUCCAAAAUUAAACUAUCUCAUCUUAUCUAAGCUGUAUAAUCAAACUAUGUCUAAGUAGUUGCAAUGAAAUUUUGUUGAAAUCCUAAUGUUUUUAAGGUAAAACUCCAAAUGAGUAAAGGCUACAAGGUAAAAAACUAAACCAAUGUGCAGUUUAAUAAUAAAAAAUAGAUAUUUUCAUCAAUAUUAUUUCUCUUUAUCAACUCAAACCUUGCAAGAUAGAUCAAUACCAUUAAGGUUCAACCAAAAAGCCCCCCCAACCAAUGGCAACUAUCCAACUCAGCUUCCUUGCUACUUCCUCCUUCCACUCCUUCUCAUUCCACCACCAAUCUAUUCUUCACAGAAUCUAAAAACCUUUUCCCCCGCUGCUCUCACACCCUUUGCUUUCUUCACUCUGCAACACCCUUCUGAUAUCUCAGAAGAAAUCCAGAGGAAAUAGUGAGAGAACAUAAAAAAAAAAAAAUUCACAUAAACAAUAAAAAUGUCUCUCACUAUUCCCACAAAUCUGUCUAAACCCAUGUUGAAGCCGAAGUUGAGCUCUCCAUCGAGCCUAAAAUCGAGGCCAAUGAUACUCUGCAGCUCGGCUUCUCAAAACACCAACCCAGAGAAAAGUUCCAGCACUUCACCACUGCAGACCUUCUCUGCUGCACUCGCGCUCUCCUCCAUCAUUCUCUCAGCGGGCCCGGUACCCGCCAUGGCCGACAUCGCCGGCCUGACCCCAUGCAAGGAGUCCAAGCAGUUCGCCAAACGAGAGAAGCAGCAGAUCAAGAAGCUGGAGUCGUCGUUGAAGCUGUACGCACCGGACAGCGCGCCGGCGCUGGCAAUCAAAGCCACGAUACAUAAGACGAAGAGGAGGUUCGACAACUACGGAAAGGCGGGAUUGCUGUGCGGAUCGGACGGGCUUCCCCAUUUGAUAGUGAGCGGUGAUCAGAGGCACUGGGGAGAGUUCAUAUCACCGGGGUUACUGUUUCUGUACAUUGCGGGGUGGAUCGGGUGGGUUGGUCGCAGCUAUCUGAUUGCGAUAAGGGAUGAAAAGAAGCCGACGCAGAAGGAAAUCAUCAUUGAUGUGCCGUUGGCUUCGAGGUUGGCCUUCAGAGGCUUCAGUUGGCCUAUUGCUGCCUACAGAGCAUUCGUCACUGGUGACCUUAUUGCCAAGGAUGUCUAACUUCUUUGCCUUCCGUUUUAUUCUCUCUCUCUCUCUCGCAAAGUAUUGAGACAAUGAUUUUCAUUUUGAUUUUAUUUUGGUCAUGCUUCUAAUUGGGCAGUUGGCAUGGGAUGUGGGGAGAGAGAUGGGGGUGUAGUGCCUGAUCACCAUGGGAAGUUGUAUGAGGAGAUGAAGGACUCUAAUGGUGGGGAAGAUGAAUUCUUUGUAUUAAAAUUGUAAAAUUUUAUUUUUAAUUGAUUUUGUGUAAUUAUUUGCUUA